AUGCCAGUCACGUUUGCAGUUGCGGAGGUUUCACCUACCAAGUGGACAUUUGGAGGCAAAGUCCGCAAUACGGAGGAAUUAUUCAAAGAGUCGUGCCCCCAGAUAUUCAAGAACGGCAUGAAAAUUACUCAUAGUUCCUUCUCGCCUUCAUCCUUUGACCGAAAUUUCUUCAUUGCAAGCAAUCACGGUUUCGUCAGGGCAGUCUAUCUUGCAUAUUGCUAUCACUACCACUUGAAAGUCCGCCCAGACGAUGUAUGGGUGGCCAUCCUCGUGCAGCUAGGAUUUUACAUCAAUGCCCACGCGGAAGAGUGUAGGAAAAUCUUUGUUGCUCACGAAGGAAAGAAAGAGCUCAUUGUGAAGCAAGGGAGCCGUCUAGACCCCGAGGAUCUUGCCAUACGGCUGGCAGAGCUGAUCGAAAAUGAGAUUGUUGAAGAUCUGCGGUCAUGGUUCAUGCCUUCAUUUAGCACGACCACUGAGGUUGAUCAGGUGGUAGCCUCUGUCUUGAUGAUGGGUACGAUGCAGAAGUACUUUGGAUACAGAGGGGUCCUCUCCUGUGGCAUUCCAAGAGUCACCCUGCUGGGUGAGCGGGCAGACUGGGUUCAGCUACAGAACAAGAUUGAGAAGAUAAAUGAGUUCGGUGAGGAGCCUCGUCAAUUUGCAAACCUCCUACGCCCCGUCUUGCGGCAUUUCGUGGCUUGCUUCGAUGGCUCGCAAGGAACUCAGGCCAAAAGCUUUUGGAGUGCGAGUGUUCAUAUGUCUGGUAAGAGCGGACCUCCGACUAUAUCUGGCUGGGUCACUGCUUUCUGCUUCUGGAAUGCAGAAGGCAAAUGCCGGAAAGACGUGGCACGUCACAGAUCAACCAAGCAUCUCGAACUUGAUGGCCUGCGCUAUCUUCCGCUCAGGGUGAAAGAUAUCCCUUCUGGGUCCGCUUCUGUUCCUAUAGUCAUCAAGGGUGGGAAGCAGGAUUACAAGAGAGAGAUGGUCGCUGGUCUGAUUGGUGUGAAUUUUACGGACCCAGAGACGCUGGAUACUAUUGAACCGGUAUCAGGAUGGUGCAUGUACGGACCAGUCCAGGAGGUACUCCCCGAAUCCAAAGAGUCAACUGGAGAUGAUCUUUAG